CUAAUUAAACCGUAAUGUCAAAUUUGGCAUUUCGAAAUGGCGGUCAACGUAUCAUCGCCACUGUAAACAAUAAAUUUAUAAGUUUAUCCUAAAAACGCUGACGAUCCAUAAAAAUGCAUAUUAAACAGGUGAUAAUCCAGGGUUUCAAGAGUUACCGUGAACAAAUUGUGGUCGAACCAUUCGACAAACGGCAUAAUGUCGUCGUUGGCAGAAACGGUUCGGGAAAAAGUAACUUUUUCCAUGCUAUACAAUUUGUAUUGAGUGAUGAGUUCUCUCAUCUUAGACCGGAGCAGCGUCUGGCUCUGUUACAUGAAGGUACAGGCCCGAGGGUUAUUUCGGCAUUUGUCGAGAUCAUAUUUGACAAUUCAGACAAUCGGAUUCCGAUUGAAAAACAUGAAAUAUUUCUGCGCCGUGUCAUUGGAUCAAAGAAGGAUCAGUUCUUCCUCAACAAAAAAGUUGUGCCUCGGUCCGAGGUACUUAAUCUGCUGGAAAGUGCUGGAUUAUCUAACUCCAAUCCAUAUUACAUUGUCAAACAGGGAAAGAUCAAUCAAAUGGCCAUAGCCCCUGACUCCCAUAGAUUGAAGCUGCUAAGAGAAGUGGCUGGAACCAGAGUGUAUGAUGAGCGCAGAGAAGAAUCCGUCACUAUUCUCAAAGAAACUGUUGGAAAGGUGGAAAAAAUCAAUGAGUUCUUGCAAACAAUUGAGGAGCGUCUGAAAACUCUAGAAGAAGAAAAGGAAGAAUUGAAAGAGUAUCAGAAAUGGGAUCGAGCUCGGCGUGUGUUGGAGUUCAUCAUACAUGACACGGAACACAGGGAGAACAAGCGAAAGCUUGAAGAGUUGGAGAAAAUGCGCUCAAACAGCGGCAAAGAGCAGCAACAUUACGCCGACAUGGUCAGAGAGGCACAGGAACAUGUCAGAGAGGCUAACAGGAAGUUAAAAGACGCGCGUAAGGAUGUAGCCGCGGCCCGUGAAGAGAAAGAUAUACUGUCAACUGAACAACAACAGUUGUUGAGAGAGAAGACCAAAUUGGAACUUGGUAUCAAGGAUUUGUCAGAUGAUGUCGAUGGAGACAACAAAUCUAAGGAACGUGCCGAAGGUGAACUGGAGCGUCUUAGGCAACAGAUAGCGGAAAAAGAGCGCGAGCUUGAAGAGUUAAAGCCUAAAUACGAAGAGAUGAAAGCUCGAGAGGAGGAAUGUACGCGCGCCCUCGCACUCAACCAGCAGAAGCGGCAGGAACUAUACGCCAAGCAGGGGAGAGGCACUCAGUUCACCUCCAAGCAAGACAGAGACAGAUGGAUUGAGAAGGAACUCAAGUCUCUAAACAAACAAAUAAAAGACAAGAAGGAUCACGAGACUAAGUUACGAGAUGACCUUCGCCGCGACGCUACAAAGUUGACAGAGUUGGAAAAGAGAAUAGAGGAGACUACAAAAGAGAUGGAGAGACAGCGAGUGGCUAUAGACGAACACAAUAAACAGUAUUACGAGUGCAAAAAGAGGAAGGAUCAGGAGCAAAGUGCUAGGAAUGAACUAUGGCGAAAAGAAACUUCCCUAACACAGAACCUGUCAUCUUUAAAAGAAGACUUGGCCAAAGCUGAUCAAGCUUUGAGGUCCAUGGCCGGAAAGCCUAUCCUGAACGGAAGAGACAGUGUGCGCAAAGUACUGGAGACUUUCCAAGAGAGAGGUGGGGAAUGGGCGAAGAUAGCCACGCAGUACUACGGACCUGUCAUUGAGAACUUCACUUGUGAUAAGACUAUUUAUACUGCUGUUGAGGUGACAGCAGGUAACAGACUGUUUCACCACAUCGUGGAAUCUGACACAGUGGGCACAAAGAUCCUGAAGGAGAUGAACAGGCAGAGCUUGCCCGGUGAGGUCACAUUCAUGCCCCUCAACCGACUGCAGGUCCGGGACAUGGUCUAUCCUAACGAUAAUAACGCCAUUGCCAUGGUACAGAAAUUGAAAUACGAUCCUAAGUACGCGAAGGCGAUGAAGUACAUAUUCGGGAAGACGCUCAUCUGCAGGAACUUGGAGUGCGCCACGGAACUCGGGAAACAGUUCCAUCUUGACUGUGUCACGCUCGAAGGAGAUCAGGUGUCAUCCAAAGGUUCUCUCACGGGAGGUUACUUCAACCAGUCUCGCUCUCGUUUAGAAAUGCAGAAGACACGUUCAGAACUGAUGGAGCAGAUCACCACGCUGGAACAAGAGUUGAGCACGUUGAGACAGGAACUGAAUAAAACUGAGACGAGCAUCAACUCUAUCGUGUCUGAGAUGCAGAGAACUGAAACUAAACAGGGAAAGGCUAAGGAUAUAUUUGACAAAGUGAAGGCAGAUAUUCGUCUAAUGAAAGAGGAGCUUGCUUCAAUAGAAAGGUUCCGUGGACCUAAGGAGCGCUCUCUAGCGCAAUGCCGCUCCAGUUUGGAGGCCAUGCAGGCCACUAAAGAAGGGCUCGAGUCUGAGUUGCAUCAGGAAUUGAUGGAACAACUAUCGACGGCGGACCAAGGCAAGGUGGAUGAACUGAACGACGCGAUCCGACGUCUCACGCAGGAAAACAAAGAGGCUUUCAGUGCUAGGAUGAACUUGGAAGCUACUAAGAACAAACUCGAGAAUUUACUUACUAACAACUUGAUUCGACGUAAGGACGAGUUAGUACAAGCUCUACAAGAGAUAUCGGUAGAAGACCGAAAGCGUAGACUGGCAAACAGCAAAGCAGAUCUCGCCGCCACCGAGAAACGCAUCAAGCAGAUUAAUAAAGAACUAGAAGAAGUUGAAAGAAAGGUCCAAGCUGCUGUCAAGAAUGAAAAGGCACUGAAAUUGGAGCUCGAUAAAUGGAGGAAUAAGGAAAAAGAAGCACAAGACAAAAUGGAAGAAGACGCCAAGGGCUUAGAGAAGAUGGCUUCCAAAGAAGUGUUGCUACAGGAGAAAAUACAGGAAUCCCUCGACAAGAUCGCAGCGUUGGGAACAUUACCGAAUGCACCCGAAUUACACGCCAAGUAUCAGAAAAUGUCACUCAAACAGCUAUUCAAAGAGCUUGAGAAGGCGAACCAGCACCUGAAGAAAUAUAACCAUGUAAACAAGAAAGCGUUGGACCAGUUCAUCAGUUUCUCGGAACAAAAAGAGAAACUUUAUAAAAGGAAGGAAGAAUUGGAUAUAGGAGGUGAGAAAAUCCGUGAGCUCAUAGAAACAUUAGAACAUAGAAAGUUAGAAGCUAUACAGUUCACGUUCCAACAAGUGUGUAAGAACUUCACGGAAGUAUUCAAGAAACUGGUGCCUCAAGGAAGAGGCAGUCUCAUCAUGAGGGUCGCUACUGAUGAUGGACAGGAGGCCAGUACUGAGCGUGCAAAAGCAGAUCCAUUUACGGGAGUGGGUAUCAAAGUAUCCUUUACUGGCGGCGAAGGCGACAUGCGAGAGAUGAACCAACUGUCCGGUGGACAGAAGUCACUCGUGGCGUUAGCUCUCAUAUUCGCUAUACAGAAGUGUGAUCCUGCUCCCUUCUACUUGUUCGACGAAAUCGAUCAGGCUCUAGACGCGCAGCACCGUAAAGCUAUAGCCAACAUGAUCCACGAGCUAUCAUCAUCAGCUCAGUUCAUCACGACCACUUUCCGACCUGAACUACUGGAGCACGCGCACAAGUUCUACGGAGUCAAGUUCCGGAACAAAGUCUCACACGUCGAGUGCGUCACACAGGAUGAGGCCAGGGACUUCGUGGAGGACAGCGCCACACAUGCGUAGAUACUAAAUUGCACUAUUAUACCUACACGAUACGGACGAAUUUCCUAUGCAGUUUCAAUGAAAAUAAGUGCUACGCCUCUGCUCGAAGCUCACGAUAACUAUUAAUGUUCCAUGUGUGAGGAAUGUCUUUAAGGAUGGGUUAUUAAAUGUCGAACGUUUUCAAAACCCCGCGUGUGCAUGACAUUUGAAUUUGAUUAAAAUAUUUUAACUUUUAUCAUCCUUCGGAGGGUUAAUGUACACAUCUCUUCUUACCUCUUCUGAGUGUAAGAAGCGUGUCACGUUAAAAUAUUUUAAUUUAAUGCUCAAUUUCUGUAUGCUGAUUAUUUUCAUCUUUAUUAAAAUAUUUUCUUUACUCCACCAUUUAAGGGCUGAAUGAUAUAAAAUGUAUUUGAAUAUUGGAUGUUACGAAUAGAUUUCGGAUGAACGUUGUUCAGUUUGUUGCUACAACUGAAGGUUAUGAAAAGAACUAGUAAUGUUUAUUACUUUAUAUAUGUGAAGAUUUGAAUGGAUUUGAUUUUCUUUUAGUUUAUUUUAUGAAUAAUUUCGGAAUUAAUGAUUUGUAAGUUUAUUAGUUACAUUUAUUUUAUAGACACAUUGUUGACAUUGUUUUCGUCUAUAUUAGAUUUAAGCACGGAGACUAACUGUACAAAAUGUCAGAAAACAAUUGCAUUGAUUAAAAUUUAUAUUUUUGUACUGACUUUCAGCAACGACGUCAAUGCAGUGCUUUCUGAAUUCUCAAGUUUUUAUAAUAUAAUAUAUUUUUUUCUAAGCAUUACUGAGUAUGGUCAAUUUUCUUUUUCAAGUAUUCAGUGAUGUUAAGAAUAUUCCUUUUUAAAAUAAAGCUAGUAUUAAAUUAAAGUUCUUUAAAC